AUGGUAGGUUUUCUACCUAAGUACGUUUCAAUUUCUGAACCACUGGAAAAAAUUUCAUCCUCGGAAGACGAUGAUGAUGAGGAUGAUGAUGAUGACGCUAUGCUGCCAACUACGGAUGAACGUAUAGACAAUAAUAUUUCUGAAUCAGUGCUUGCACAUGAUGGUGCUGAUAUGCAAGAACAUAAUCCUAGGCAAGCACACGUGCAGGUGCAUAUUGCUGCACAGUUAUCACAGCAGUCAUGUUUUGACGACAAAUUGAUUGAUAAAAUACUAGAAGAAUAUGGUGAAAGAAAAAGGAUGAGAAUAACCGAAAAAGCGGUUCCAACAAUUGAUAUAAUUAAAGAAUCUGACCCAGCAUACGAAACAACUGAUGAAUCAGAUGAAUCAGAAGAAUUGGGGGCAUAUGAGUUGGACCUAGAAAGGAAUAGAAAGUCAAAAAAAGAAGAAUUGAGUCAAUUAAAAGCAUUGCCUGGAAUCAGAGAACAAAUAGCGUUACUUCCAAGAAGGUUUGUUGAUACAAUACAAGAAGUAGAACAACAACGAGAACUGAAAAAGCUAUUGGAUGAACCACCCCCGGAGGAACUACAACAACCAUUAUUACCACCAUUACCACAAAAACUAGACGACAAAUUGAUUGAUAAAAUACUAGAAGAAUAUGGUGAAAGAAAAAGGAUGAGAAUAACCGAAAAAGCGGUUCCAACAAUUGAUAUAAUUAAAGAAUCUGACCCAGCAUACGAAACAACUGAUGAAUCAGAUGAAUCAGAAGAAUUGGGGGCAUAUGAGUUGGACCUAGAGUGA